AUGGUGGCCGCCGUUCAGCCUGAUUUCGACACUCUUUUCGAGCUCGUAGAAGCCGAUAGAGAAAAUUAUUCAAGCGAUGAAGCUCCCAAUCUUUACCCGGUGUACUCGUAUUUCUCGGCGGAGUACAUGACUCCUCAUUUGGCUUACUUGAAGCUCACAAGACCCGGCGACAAAGCUCACAAGAAAACGCCCUCCUUCCUGCUGGAGAGUGCUACUAAUGGAGAGAACAUCGACCGUUACUCCUUCAUGGGUUGCAAUCCCAAGAAAGUGAUCAAAACGGGGCCUCAGUUUGACCUCGAGACUGACCCACUUCGUUUGUUGGAAAAAGAUCUAAAGGGCUACAGACAAGCGCAGCUUCCUGGUGUCCCCAAACUUAGUGGUGGUGCUGUUGGAUACAUCUCAUACGACUGUGUGAAGUAUUUCGAACCAAAGACCAAGCGUGAUUUGAAAGACGUACUCCAACUUCCUGAGGCCUUUCUCAUGUUAUUUGACACCAUUGUUGCCUUUGAUAAUGUUUAUCAGAGAUUCCAGGUGAUCAGCAACGUUGCGGUGAAGUCUACGGACACAAAACAGGAUAUCCAGAUGAAGUAUCUGAAAGCGGCCAAGGAGAUUGACCAAUUUCACAAAGUCAUUGCAGACACAACAUCGCCAAUUCCAUAUCCUCCACAAGGUCCAAUAGUGGAGAACCAGACCUUUACUUCCAAUAUUGGCCAGGAUGGUUAUGAGAGCCAUGUUGCCAACCUCAAGGGGCACAUCUUGAAGGGAGACAUCAUCCAGGCAGUACCCUCGCAAAGAGUUGCCAGGCCAACAUCUUUGCAUCCCUUCAAUAUCUUCCGCCACCUUAGGACGGUCAACCCAUCUCCAUACAUGUUUUACAUUGACUGUCUGGACUUCCAGGUUGUCGGAGCAUCUCCUGAGCUUCUGGUGAAGUCAGAUGCAAAUGACAAAGUCAUCACGCAUCCGAUUGCCGGAACGGUUCGCAGAGGAAAAACCAGAGAAGAAGACGACAGGCUUGCAGUGGAACUACAGUCGAGUCUCAAGGACAGGGCCGAGCACGUGAUGUUGGUGGAUCUAGCCAGAAACGAUAUCAACCGUGUUUGUCAACCACUAACCACCAACGUGGACAGAUUGCUGACUGUUGAGAGAUUUUCGCACGUGAUGCACCUUGUCUCCCAGGUUAGUGGAACUUUGAGAGAAGACAAAACGAGAUUUGAUGCUUUCCGUUCAAUCUUCCCCGCAGGAACCGUUUCCGGUGCUCCUAAAGUGAGGGCAAUGGAGCUAAUUGGAGAACUGGAAGGUGAAAAGAGGGGCGUAUAUGCAGGUGCUGUUGGUCACUGGGGGUAUGAUGGUCAUACCAUGGACACUUGUAUUGCACUCAGAACAAUGGUGGUGAAGGACGGUGUUGCCUAUUUGCAGGCCGGAGGAGGUAUUGUCUAUGACUCUGACCCAUACGAUGAGUAUAUAGAGACUAUGAACAAGAUGAAGGCCAACAACAACACCAUUGUGGAGGCUGAAAAUGUUUGGAUUGAGAGGUUGAAGGAAGACAGAAAUGAUAGUGAAGCUGAAUAA